CAAUAGAUUAUAGAUGACCUAAUUAUUUCCACGGUGAAAUACCAAAAAUUCUGUAAUAUUAAAGAUAACUAUUCUUUGAAAAUAGUAGUGGAAAAUAAGUUGGGAAAACUUUGGACCUUGUGUGCCAAAAGUAGAAAAAUAAUUUCCAGCUUGUCAAUUAUCCCUCUCUAUAUAUAUAUAUUAACACACUUAGCCAUCGCACACUUAUUAGUUACUUCCAACAUUUGGCUUCCUUCGCUUUUCCACGAACAUAAACCUUCUUCUUCUUCCAUUUCUUCUUUCUCUCCUCGUUUAACAAUUUGUUUGAUAAGAAAACAAGAAUGGGAAGAAGACCAUGCUGUGAGAAAAUAGGAUUGAAGAAAGGGCCAUGGAGUGCUGAAGAAGAUCGAAUCUUGAUCAAUUAUAUUAGUCUCCAUGGCCAUCCCAAUUGGAGAGCUCUCCCCAAACUAGCCGGGCUACUUCGGUGCGGAAAAAGUUGCAGGCUUCGUUGGAUUAAUUAUUUGAGGCCAGACAUCAAACGUGGCAAUUUCACUCCUCAUGAAGAAGAUACUAUCAUCAACUUACAUCAAAUCUUAGGCAACAGAUGGUCUGCGAUAGCUGCAAAAUUGCCAGGACGAACAGACAACGAAAUUAAAAAUGUUUGGCACACUCAUUUAAAGAAAAGACUCCACCAUAAUCAAGAUCAAAAUAACAAGGAAAAUUUCGCCUCUACUACAGCUGCGGAGAGGCUGCAACAACAAUCUAGCAGUAGCGCCGACAUUUCAGAAAUUACAACAUCGGGAAACAAUAACGACAUCUCCAAUAACAACAAAGACUCUGCGACGUCAUCCGAAGAUGUUCUUGCAGUUAUAGAUGAGAGCUUUUGGUCAGAAGUCGUAUUGAUGGACUGUAACAUUUCAGGAGAUGGUGAGAAGAAUGAGCAAAAGAUAGAGAAUUGGGAGGGCUCAUUAGAUAAAAAUGAUAAGGGGUAUAACUAUUCGAAAUUGGAUAACCAUGACAUGGAGUUUUGGUUUGACCAUCUCACUAGUAGUCGUAUAGUUGGAGAAAUUUGCGACAUUUCUGAGUUUUGAUUUGUUUUAGUUAAGACUUAUAUCUUCCUUUAAUUUGUAACCCACAUGAAUAAAAGUCAUUUACGUUUCCUAAUUCCUAUAUUAGUCCUCUUUCUA